GUGUCAUGGAAAAACUUGGCCUUGGUCCAGAGGUUCUUUUGGAAGAGAACCCCAGGCUCAUCUAUGCUAGACUCACUGGAUUUGGCCAGACAGGAAAAUAUGCCAAGUCUGCAGGUCAUGACAUCAAUUAUUUGGCAUUAUCAGGUGUGCUGUCAAAGCUGGGUAGAAAAGAUGAAAAUCCUUAUGCACCUUUAAACCUUCUGGCUGACUUUGCUGGUGGAGGAGUCCUGUGUGCGAUGGGCAUUAUUAUAGCCCUGUAUGAACGUACCAAAUCUGGCAAAGGGCAGAUUGUUGAUGCCAGUAUGGUAGAAGGAACAGCAUACCUGAGUUCUUUUCUGUGGAAAUCACAAAAUUUAGGACUUUGGAACAGACCCCGCGGUGAGAACUUACUAGAUAGUGGAGCUCCUUUUUAUGAAACCUACAGGACCUCUGAUGGAAAAUACAUGGCUGUUGGUGCCAUCGAGCCGCAAUUCUACGAGCAGUUAAUAAAGGGUCUUGGGCUAGAUUCAGAUAAACUUCCUAGUCAGCUGAGUUUCUCUGACUGGCCCAAAAUGAAGAAAAUGUUUGCAUCCAUAUUUGCACAGAAGACACAAACGGAAUGGUGCAGCAUAUUUGAUGGCACUGAUGCCUGUGUGACCCCUGUUUUAUCCUUUGAUGAUGCUGCCUCGCAUCAACAUAACAAACAAAGAGGUUCUUUUAUCAAAAAUGAUCAGGAAGAGAUAAGUCCUAGACCUGCUCCUCUCCUUUCACGGACCCCAGCAGUUCCAUCUUUUAAAAGAGAUCCUUUUAUCGGAGAACACACAGAAGAGAAACUUCUAGAAUACAGAUUUACCAAGGAAGAGAUUGCUAAGCCUCAUUCUGAUAAAGUAAUUGAAUUCAGUAAACCGAAAGCUAAUUUAUAAUCUCUAACUACGCCAAUCAGAAGAAUUUCAGAUGGAUGCAAUAAGAUAUUAUGCAUUAAAACUGAAUUAUAUGACAAAUAAUAUUUGUAUGGUAUUGCUUUUAAAUGAAUGUUUUAAAUGAAUGAAGAUUUAAAUUUAAU